CUUGCCCCCUCUGCCCCUUUUCUCUGUUUCAAACUACCCGACUGCCCUUUUUUGAUCACUUUCCCUCUUUCUCAAGCAGCCCCUCCAUCCGAGUCUCUCUCACCAAAAUCCCUUUUGACUAAAAUUUCACGACUGGGUUUCCUUGAUAUUCAUUUCAUCUUGUAUUAUCACUCGCUUUUUGGUGCAUUUGAUGAACGAAAUUAACUUGUUUUGAGGUGUUGUUUGUUGUUUUGAGCUCUGGUAUGGUGAUUUGAUCACUAGUUGUUUUUUGGGAUGGGUUUGGGUCCGGGUAUUGUAAAGGUGGCGGAGAAUUGGAAACCGAAGAAAGGAAGGAAGAAGAAAGAUGGAGCUGAGGAAGAAGAAAGUGGAUGUUGGGUCAAAUUAAUGUUCGUUGGUGGCUGCAUCCCGUCGAGAUCAAAAGUUGAUAGCUCCAUGAGUGGCGCAACCACCCAUCAUUGUGCAGAAGGUAAAAAUGGAAAUGAGAAAAGAAGAGAUCAACCUGUUGUUCCGGUGUCUACCACAACCACCAGCAAUGCAGAAAGUACUUCGUCCACACCUAAAUUCAGCGAGGAACUGAGGGUCUCUUCUCAACUUCGGAAGUUCACUUUUGUUGAUCUUAAGUUAGCUACUAGGAAUUUCCGACCUGAGAGUCUUCUUGGCGAGGGUGGGUUUGGUUGUGUUUUCAAAGGAUGGAUUGAAGAGAAUGGAACUGCACCUGUGAAACCUGGUACAGGGCUGACUGUGGCAGUAAAAACCUUGAACCAUGAUGGACUCCAGGGUCAUAAAGAGUGGCUUGCUGAAGUUAAUUUCCUUGGUAACCUUCUUCACCCCAAUUUAGUUAAAUUGGUGGGUUAUUGCAUUGAAGAUGAUCAAAGGCUGCUGGUAUAUGAGUUUAUGCCUCGAGGAAGUUUGGAGAACCACCUCUUCAGAAAAGGGUCCUUGCCUCUUCCUUGGUCUAUUAGAAUGAAAAUUGCACUUGGUGCUGCAAAGGGUCUUGCCUUUCUACAUGAAGAAGCUGAAAAGCCAGUCAUAUAUCGUGAUUUUAAAACAUCAAAUAUUUUAUUAGAUGCGGAUUAUAAUGCAAAACUCUCUGAUUUUGGGCUUGCAAAAGAUGCUCCUGAGGAAGGUAAAACUCAUGUAUCUACUCGAGUCAUGGGAACAUACGGCUAUGCUGCUCCAGAAUAUGUGAUGACUGGACAUUUGACAUCAAAGAGUGACGUCUACAGCUUCGGAGUGGUUUUACUGGAAAUGCUGACUGGUCGAAGGUCCAUGGACAAGAACCGACCAAAUGGAGAGCACAACCUGGUUGAAUGGGCAAGACCACAUCUAUUGGACAAGAGAAGGUUCUACCGGUUAUUGGAUCCUCGCCUUGAAGGUCACUUCUCAAUUGGAGGUGCUCAAAAGGCCACCCAGCUUGCUGCUCAAUGUCUUAGUCGUGACCCCAAAGCUAGACCACGAAUGAGUGAAGUUGUUGAAACUCUAAAGCCUCUUCCAAACCUUAAGGAUAUGGCCAGCUCCUCAUAUUUCUUCCAAACCAUGCAAGCUGAUCGUUCCAGGUCCAGCACUUUUUCUAAAAAUGGUGUUAGAACUCAGGCAGGAUUCACAGCAAGGAAUGGGCAACCAUUAAGGAGUUUAUCCAGUCCCAAGGUCCUCAGCUUCACCAUAUCACAACAAAAACCCAUUCUCCAAAGCCUAAUGGCAAAGAUCAUAACUGAAUUGCUUUACCUUUCAAUGUUAGAUUUGGUUCUCUUGCAUAAUGGCUUCCUCAUAUAACAUUAUCAACAACAAUAAGUUGUUGGUUCGUGAUUGCUUUGGCAUGGGUUGCUUUUGUUCUGAUAUCGGUUCAUCAGUAAGUUGACUGAACUAGCCUCCACCUUAUCUGAUGUGCUGCCCCAUGGUUAAGUGAAUCGAAGGAAGACCAUCUGACCUUUUAGUUGUUUCAUCACCAUUGUAUAUGAUAUUUGAGACAUUAAUAUCUAGAGGACGGAGAGCUGAAGUGUUGAAAAGGAAGUUGAAGUUUAUGUUUGAUGCAAUGAUGGCGGGGAAAUAUGAAGCUGCAAUAGAUCAAUAUCGUGUAGCCGGGAUCUGCAUUUGUGGAGGUCUGAAAGUGGAGCUAUAAGGCAUCGUUUGAUGUAGUUUCUUGCUUGUUCUGAAAUGUGGUCACUAAUAUAUGUAUGCUUUUUACCCUCUUCCCUCUUUUUAUUUCUUUUCAUGUCUCUCAUUGUUUUCGUACAAAUGGAUUCAGUUUCUCUGUAGGUAAAAGAUUGAUCAAGAAUGUAAAAAAAAAAUUCCCAAGAAAAAGAAGGUUGUUGUAGCUUAUUUAUCUGCUA